CCAGUGUUUGUUUUGUUGUCAGCAACAGUUGCUGUGCUUCCAGAUUUGUCGCAUUUAAACUUUUAGUUUCACCCUUUUAACUAUUUCUGUCGUGUCUUUCUGCUUCUCAGAAGCUUGUUAAACUGUCUGAGCUUCAGUUCGCGGCAGCAACAAAUGUUAUUACGAGUUUUUAAUCGUCCUGCGGCUGUUUGUCGGCGUCUGACGCCGCAGCGGGAAGUUUGAAAGCAGCUAGCUGAGGUUAGCAUGCAUGCGAACGAUGAAAAGCAGUUAAAUUAAAACUAAAUAAAGUAACCGUCAGCAUGUUGUCUCCGCCGGACUCCCGCUCAGACGGACUGCAGGAUUCAUCCACCUGCAGCUCGGACACCGGGGACGUUUUAGUCCGGUCCACCCGGGUCCUUGGACCGGGAUCUGUCCGGAUAACCGUGGAGAAGCUCCGGGACGCUGCCGACCAGCCUCCGCUGUCCGAGCAGCAGCAGCAGCGGCCGAAGCUCCGACACAAGCCGGACAUCGCUGCUCCUCUGCGGGCAGCCGCGGACUCUCAGCCCGCAGGAUCGUGUGCAGACAGACGAACGCUGAAGAAACCCGGACCGACCAAAGAGAACAGAGAGCCGACAGGAAGCCAGCUUCCAGCAGCAGAGUGGAGCACAGACAGGAAGUUCUCAGCCGGGACGCGGAGCGGCCAGCAGCCCGGUCGUGACCUCCUGACGUCCCGUUUCGCUGCCGGAGGUCGAGGAGUCGUGCUGGCGGCUCUCAAACAACGCUCUCACAGCGCCCCCCGCAGGAGGGAGGUCAAAGUGCAGCUGUUGGACCCGGGACCGCUCCAGAGCACGACCAGCUCCCAGGAUGCACCUGGUCUGAGGCCGGGCUCCCAGGAUGCACCUGGUCUGAGGGCGGGGUGCCAGGAUGCACCUGGUCUGAGGGCAGGCUCCCAGGAUGCACCUGGUCUGAGGGCGGGCUCCCAGGAUGCCGUGGGUGUCCAGACGGAGGCUGAGUUGUCCUCCGGUCGCCCGGGAGACGCCACCAACGCAGCAGCAGCAGCGGCUGCAGCUGCAGCUGUAGCUGCUGCAGCUCCGCUCAUCAAGGCUCAGUCAGACAUGGAGGCUCGAGUGUCUCAGCUGGCGGACGGUGUUGAGAGGCUGCUGCAGGCCGACAGGGCGGGCGUGGAAGAGGGGCGGGGCCUGAGCCAGCGGACGCUGCAGCACCUGGAGACGCUGCACAGCCGUCAGCUGCAGCUGCAGAGCCAGCUGCUGGAGUCAGCCCUCAGGAUAGUGACAGGCCACGCCCCCGUGACCUCAGCGACCUCUGAAGCCGCCAUGACCUUUGACCUUGCAGCGACAGGUCAGCCGGCCUGUCUGCAGGUCACUCACCUGGAUGCUGCAGCAAACGUCCUCGACAACCAGCAGCCGAGCUUCUCGGCAACCAGAGCCGCCGCCGUGGAGACUGGCCCAGUUUCCAUGGCAACACCCCGCCGUGACCGAUGGCCAGAGCAAACCAGGGAUGACAGGUAUCGCCAAGGCGCUCCCGGCGUUUCCAGGGCAACCCGUCCAGCUGGCAGAAGUCACCUGCAGUCCUCGGCCAAUCACGGACAAGCUGCGGCAAGGAGAGCCAAUGAGGUGCUGAAGGAGAUGGGACGGCUGAGGACUGAGAUAGAGAUGCUGCUGACGCCAGAAGACCCUCUGAACACCAGACCUGCACCAGACCCCCAGCAGACCCAACAAAACCACCACCAGUCCCAACAAAACCAGUCCCAGACCCAGAAAAACCACCACCAGACCCAACAAAACCACCACCAGACCCAGCAAAACCAGUCCCAGACCCAGAAAAACCACCACCAGACCCAACAAAACCAGUCCCAGACCCAACAAAACCACCACCAGACCCAGCAAAACCAGUCCCAGACCCAGCAAAACCAGUCCCAGACCCAACAAAACCUCCACUGGACACAGCAAAACCAGUCCCAGACCCAACAAAACCAGUCUCAGACCCAACAAAACCACCACCAGACCCAACAAAACCAGUCCCAGACCCAACAAAACCAGUCCCAGACCCAACAAAACCUCCACUGGACCCAACAAAACCAGUCUCAGACCCAACAAAACCACCACCAGACCCAACAAAACCACCCCCAGACCCAACAAAACCAGUCCCAGUCCCAACAAAACCAUCACCGGACCCAGACACACCAGUCCCAGACCCAACGAAACCACCACCGGACCCAACGAAACCAGUCCCAAUCCCAAGAAAACCAGUCCCUGACCCAGCAGUUCCAGUCCGAUCUGGUCCGGAGGAGGCCUGUGGUUCCGUCCACGUUGGAAGAGGCUGGUCUGGUUCUCCGUCAGGUUCAGAGACAGAAGAAGGUUCUAGAGGAGAACCUGGACUCUCUGCUGAGAGCCAAAACCGGAGAAGUCCUGCACUGCCAGCUGGAGGCGCUGGCUGCUAACAGAGUCUGGACCGAGGAGGUUCGGAUCAAGAAGACGGUGGACGCCUGGAUCAACACUUUAAGCAAAGACAUCCAGGCUGAGAUGUCCUCAGAGGACGCUGCGUCCAAACACACAUCCAGCAGAGACGCCGCAGUGAUGUCACAGCAGAGGGCCGCUGAUAGCAAAGGCUCCGCCCACGCAGGCAGGAGGAGGAGGCCAGUGAGCGCGCUCAGAGGGACAGGAAGUAAGACGGCGGCGGGGAGAGAAAGCAGAGGACAGACAGCUGGACAGAAACAGGGGGCGGAGCCCGACGGAGACGGCGAGCAGGCGGAGGUGGACGGAGAGUCGUACCUGACUCGUCUGUACGGCAGAGCGCCGUAUGACGGCCUGAGACGAACCCUGAAGAAGAGUCCGUACCUGCGCUUCAGCUCGCCGGUGUCGCCGCUCGGCAGGAAGUCCCGCCCCCGACUGGUGGAGAGCGUCAGAGGUGUGAAGGUGAAGUCCUGUAAGACUCAGACCAGUCUGGCUCCUCCCGUCUCUUCGUCACCUGGACGACCUCAGUCUCGCUACAUCUUUAGCUCCUCCCACCUGACCUCAGGUGACCCCUCUGACCUCGCAGUGACCCCGGCAAACGCUCACUCUGUUCCCAUGGCGAUCCCACUGGGUCGUCCCAGGAUGGACUCUUCCUCCUGGCGUCCUCCCACUCAGCGUCAACAGGAAGUGACCUCACCCCCCGAAGCUCCUCCCACCGCCGCCGGCGUGGCGGCUGCGGACAGUGAAACACCUGAGCCGCACCCACAGGAGGAAGAGCAGCUGGAUGCAGAUGAAGCUCCUCCUCCUCCUCCUCCUCCUCCAUCACACACUGUGGACAUCACAGAGAGGAAGAGUGAGGAAGAGGAGGAUGAAGAGGACGUCUUCCCUGGAACUGACUUCCUGUCUGUCACUGAGGUUGUUCAGGAGGAGGUGAGCGUUGUGGGUGAGGAGGCUGUGGAGCUGGACGGGGGUCCGUCUCCUCCUCCGGUCCUGUACCAGGGUCCCGUCUUCCCUCCCCAGGCUCGCUCUGCCCUCCCUGCCCAGGAACAGGCCUCUGUGCUGGGAUCCGACCCGCAGAGAGACACCCUGGAGAACCGGCUGGUGGAAUGGGUGGAGCAGCAGCUGAUGUCUAGGAUGAUCUCAGAGAUGUACCGCCCACCUCCGGCUGACCCCGCCCAGAACGACUCCACUGACCAAUCAGAGCUCGAGGAGCAGAGCUUCACCUCAGAUAUCGUGGAGGCAGCAGGAGCUGGAGGUCUGCAGCUGUUUGUGGACUCCAGCGUGCCGGUGGACUCGGCGCUGAUCAGGCAGCUGGUUAACGAGGUUCUGACAGAGACCGUCGCACUGAUGCUGGGACAACGGGACGCACCGGGACCAGAUCCAGGACCGGACCCACCAAAACCAGGACCAGCAGCACAUGAGGAGGAGAAACUGGUUCCUCUGGUUCCUACUCCAGUACCGACACCUCCAUCCAGCCUGGCUCCUCCCAGCAGAGAGACCUCGCCCCUGACCACGCCCCCUCCAUCCGAGCCAACCAGCCUGCUGAACGAAGAGUCUCCUCAGCCAAUCACAGCCCCAGAGCUUGUAGCCACGCCCACCCCCAGCCCAGAGACCGCCCCCUCUGGAGGAAGCCCCCCCGCCGUUCAUCAUGCCCCGCCCCCUCUGACCUGGGGAGAUGCUGAGCUGCCAUUGGACGAGGAGAGACCAGAGGAACAGCUGGAUACACACACACAACCGCUGGUGAUGUCAGUAGCGCAGGAGGAGCCUCCCCUCUCCACUCCUCCUCUUCCUCCUCGCUCCCCGUCUCCUCCUCCUCCUCCCGCUCCUGAUCCCAGACCGGCCUCCAGCUCCUCAGAGUCCAGCAGCUCCAGUGAAACCAGCAGCUCCAGCAGCAGCAGCAGCAGCAGCAGCAGCGUGGUGACGGCCGGGACCGAUGCAGCGCUGAAACACAUCUCAGAGGGAGAACUGCUCAUCAGUGUCAACCAGCUGGCAGCCAUGACAGAGGAGGAGGCUGUCUGCAGUUUCUCCAGCUCUCUGCAGGAGCUUCAGGAAAUGGACUUUGACCCCCCCAGUGAAGGUCAGGUCAGAGGUCACGACCUCCUGUUGACCCUGCUGACCAAGAUGGAGCAGGGAGUCACAAACACACACCGAGAAGAGAGACCACAGCCUGAGGGCUCCUGGGGGAGGGAGGAGGAGGAGGAGGUGAGUGUGGGGGAGGUGAGGGAUGAUCAGACUACAAAACCCAGGAGGCCAACUGUAAAUGCUACGGCAGCCCGGUGGGGUCAAACCUCCUCACCCGGACAGAUCAGUCAGAGCGCAGAUGUGCCAGAAGUCAGUUUCGAAGCGACCAAUCAGGGCUCGGUUACCCUGGGCGACCUGAUGGUGGAGCCCAGCGGGACACUGACCUCUGACCUCCACAGCAACCUGUCACUGUCUCCGCCUCCACACCUGGAGGAGAACACACACACAGCAGGACAGGUUGUCCUGGUCAGACAGUUCAACACACAAACAGCAGAGCAGCAGCAGGGAGGAACCAGGAGGAUGGAUGUUCGUCUGCCCUCCAUCAGACCGGAGGAAGAGGAGGAGGAAGAGGAGGUGAUGGAGGAGGUGAUGGAGGAGGUGAUCAGUGUAGCAGCAGAUUCAGACUCCUCCACUAACGAUGUUUUCUAGACAGAAAGAGACAUUUUAAAUUAUUUUAACUGUUAAACUUUAAACCAGACUCAGUUUUACUGCUGAUGAUGAUUUCAGAGUGACGUUUUAUCUCCUUCCUUCCUGUGAACUUUGACCUCCGUGUGUCUCCAGACAAACUCUUAUCUGAGCUUUAACACGUCAUAAAUGAUGUUUUCAGUAAAAACCAACUUUUUUUUUUAAAUUUUUAACAACAAUCUGUAUGAAUUUAACAGUGAAGCUCUUUCUGGAAAUAAAUAAAUGAUUUUUAUACAUUUCA